GGACUCUACUUUUCUCAUAUCUGACAUCACAAUCCAUACAUCUCAAAACGACAUCGUUUUGCUCCCCUCCCCCUUCUCUAAGAACAACAAUGGAGGGAAACUGAAAAAUGCUGUGAAUUUCGAAGCACAAAAUGCUGAAGGGAAAUGAAGAUAGUAACGUACAACGUUAACGGUUUAAGGCCACGCAUACAACAAUACGGUUCACUUUCGAAGCUUCUAGAUUCACUCGACGCUGAUAUAAUAUGCAUUCAGGAAACUAAGUUAUCGAAGCACGAUCUUCGUGCAGAUUUAGUUCGUGCUGAGGGAUACGAGUCGUUUUUCUCUUGUUGUACUCGUAAUUCUGAUCGUGGUCGCUCUGCUGGAUAUUCUGGUGUUGCAACCUUUUGCCGUGUAAAAUCUGCUUUUUUGAGCACUGAGGUAGCUCUGCCAAUUUCGGCAGAAGAAGGCUUCACUGGUCUCCUAGCAACAUCUAAAGGUUAUCAACCUAGAAAGGAGGAGUGCCCUUCGAUAGCAGGCGGCCUCGAGUGCUUUUCCAGAGAUGAGCUUCUUAAAGUUGACAGUGAGGGACGUUGUCUGAUAACCGAUCAUGGUCAUUUUGUUCUAUUUAAUAUAUACGGACCCAGAGCUGUUCAAGAUGACCCUGAGAGAAUCCAAUUUAAACUCACAUUUUUCAGGAUGUUAGAGAGAAGAUGGGAAUUCCUCCUGCAUCAAGGAAGGAGGAUUAUCAUUGUAGGUGAUCUCAAUAUUGCUCCUGCUGUCAUAGAUCGGUGCGAUGCAGAACCUGAUUUUGAAAAGAACGAGUUCAGGAGAUGGUUUAGAUCAUUGCUAGUGCAAAACGGAGGGCGUCUCCUUGAUAUUUUCAGAGCAAAGCAUCCCGAUAGAGAAGGAGCCUACACUUGCUGGUCACAGAGUACAGGAGCUGAGGAAUUUAAUUAUGGUUCUAGGAUUGAUCACAUACUUAGUGCUGGAUCAUGCUUGCAUGGUGAGGAAAUUCAAGAAGGGCAUGACUUUGUUACUUGCCAUGUUUCAGAGUGUGACAUAUUGAUGCAAUUUCAAAGGUGGAAACCCGGAAAUACACCAAGGUGGAAAGGAGGGAGGAGCAUCAAAUUAGAAGGUUCUGAUCAUGUUCCAGUUUACACGAGUUUAGUAGAAAUCCCUGAAGUAUUGCAGCAUAGCACCCCACCAUUAUCUGCUAGAUAUCAUCCCCAGGUCUUUGGGAGUCAGCAAACUCUUGUGUCAAUGUUCACGAGAAGGCAAACAACUGAGCAAGUUAUUUUGGAGGAAAGUGAAAGCCCUCAGAUUCCAAGUCAGGAAGAAUUAAUCUCAACUCCAGAGAAAUAUGAUAGUAGAGCUUCUCAGAUUACGAUGCUUGGUUCUCAAAGUAAUGCUAAUAUUCUCCCCUGCAUUGCAGCCAAGAAGAAAGCAAGGCUUGGUCAGGGGUCUCAGCUCACACUUAAAUCAUUCUUCCAAAAACGCACACAUAGAAGUGAGACUUCUAGCAGCAGCUUUGCUGAUUCUAAACUUUUUCAGACAGACAUCUCUUAUUCUCAGAUUGAGCCCAAAGGAAUUCCUUCUGCUGUUGAUGAAAGUAGCGCUUCAAAGGACUGCAGAUCAAAUGCAAUCGACAAUACUCAACAUGACUGCCAGCUAGAUGCAUGUGGCUCAGAUAAAGGGAAGAGUGAAGUGGCAUUGCAGGAGUGGCAAAGGAUUCAGCAAUUGAUGCAGACUAGUGUACCUCUUUGUAAGGGCCAUCAAGAACCUUGUGUUUCUCGGGUCGUUAAAAAAGCAGGUCCCAAUUUGGGCCGCAGAUUUUAUGUCUGUGCUCGAGCGGAGGGACCUUCAUCAAAUCCUGAAGCAAAUUGCGGUUACUUCAAAUGGGCUGCUUUUUUAAAAUCUAAGGGAAAAGGAAAGUGAAGUCUCCACUGCAUAUAUUCACCUACAUUAUAAUGAGAUUUCAGGUUAGUUAAAAAUUUAGAACAGGGAGCAUGUGUUUACAUGAUAAACCACGAAGUCAAUAGAUUCAGUUUUUCAUUUUGUGCGUCGUCACUCGCUGAAAUUAUUGAACAGCUGCAUAACUGUAGAGGUUUAUUUGGAUGAGGGAGAAUUUCUUUUCUUCCUGUUGCUGUAUUCUUUGACAUUAUUACUUUUCAAUUAAUCAUCUUCUUUCACAA